UCUGUAUGGCCGACGGCCAGACACAAGUCGGCGUUGCGUUGCCGCCAACGAUAACCAGCAUGAGAUCCAACGCAUCCAAUGGCCAACACUUACAGACCUUAACCAGUAGUCAGACAAACACAGUCUCGCAUUCGACUAAUACUAUCCAGAGAUUCGGCGCUUUGAUUGAGAAAAACUUCAUUAGUCUUUGGCGACAGAAAAUGUUAUUCUUAAUACAGAUAGUGAUGCCAAUGAUAGGCAUCGCAUUGUUCUGCGCCUGUAUUGGCGUUUUAGGUGGACUUCAAGACAAUAGUCCCGUCGCAAAGAAAUUGAGCAAAAUAUUUCUAAAUCAUAUUAAUACCAAAACUAUACUUUUAUUGAUUACGUGUUAUCUGUUGGCCAUUGGAUUGACGGCUCUGUCGACUAUCACCGAACGUAGAGAAGGACUUCUGGAGCGAUCACUUGUGGCCGGCGUUUAUACGUACGAGAUAUUGAUGUCACACGUUAUCGUCCAGAUUAUUAUUCUCGUCUUUCAGACCAGUUUUGUGAUGAUA